AUGACCAGUUCCCCGAAAUAUAGUAGGGUCAAAACAACAUCAAAUCACGACAUCAAGCACAGUGCAGUUGCACAGGGAGCUGCGGUCGAAGCGGUGCGGUGGAAACAACGGUUGAAAUCGAGGUGGGACCAUCGCGAGCUGCAGCAGAGGAUAGUCCAGUUAAAAAUUCAUCGGUGCUGUGUUUCUGCUGAUAUUUCUGGAUUGCUAUUGUAA